CUAUUGUUGCAAAUAGUUUGCUCGCAUCGCACAAAACGUCUUCCGAUUUAAUUGAGUGAGCAGUUAUGAGCGAGUGACUUCUUUCAUUAGAUAUUGUCGAAUUGUCAUCUGGAAUAAAUUCAUUGUGUUUAAUUAAGCUUUCGUGUCAAAGACUAGUGCACGACGGUACAAUGUACUUCGGCGAGUUCGAAAAAGAUUGCCUUGAGGCACACAAUCAGUAUCGCGCCCGCCACCACAGUCCACCAUUGGUACUGGAUAUUGGUCUCUGCAAAUAUGCACACGAAUGGGCACAGCAUUUGGCCAGCAGGAAUACGCUGCAGCAUCGCUCGAAUAAUAAUUACGGCGAAAAUAUAUUUAUGUCAAUGGGUCGCACAAAUAUCAGCGGUAGAGAUGCUGUGAGGAGUUGGUAUGAAGAGGUGCAAGAUUAUAAUUUUCAUGGCGGUGGUUUCAGUCAAGGCACAAGAACUUUACACAAGUCGUUUGGCGAGACAGCAAACGUUUGGGUGUUGGCAUGGCAAAGAGGGGCAAUAGUAUUACGUGGUUGCAAACUAUGAUCCACCGGGUAACUUUAGGGGCGAAUAUGCAAAGAACGUUUUACCGGCCGUUUGUUAGAAAUGAGAUCUUCUUCUAUAAUUGUACUUUUAAGUGAAAAUUAAUAUAUUAAUUAAGUAGGCAGUUUCACAAAAUCCAUAUUAGGUUAUACACAUGAAGCAAUCAAUAUACUCACGAAAAUGUGGGCCAUUUGUAGUAAAAAUGCGUUUUUAGUUUUCUCUCUGACAU